AGCACAAAUCCGUACAUACACCAUUACGCACUGCCUUGUCCGAUCACGAAUCUCUCUCCCUCUUCCUCUCGCUUUCAUCAGGUACGUUCUUAAUCGAACAAGAUCUCAUUUCCUUCUCUCUGAUCUGCGAAUAUACAAUAAUAUUCUCAUUUCUUGAUAUUUUGACAUCAAUUAUCGAUCUUUAAAUCCAAAAAGAUGAACUCAAAAUAUGGAAAAUCCAAUAAAAAUGUAUCUUUGAACAAUUUCGAGUUCGAUAUCGGACUCAACACAACCCGUUCUAGAUCACUCAACGACCAAAAGAACAACCAAACAACCUCGAAUUCAUAUUCAUCAUCUUCUAAUUCGAAGCCCAAUACGACGUCGUGGCACCCCAACAAACCCUCAUGGACUCACCAACCGGCGCCACCGAGUCAAUCGAAUCGGCCCGACUCAUUAUCCGGUUCAACAUCGAUGGUCGGUGACAUAUUUGGAAAAAGCUGGGCUCCAUCAUCGCCUUCUGUGGCAAAUUCAAGUAUUGGAAUUGUAAACAAAAGCCCAAAUNCUAAUACGACGUCGUGGCACCCCAACAAACCCUCAUGGACUCACCAACCGGCGCCACCGAGUCAAUCGAAUCUGCCCGACUCAUUAUCCGGUUCAACAUCGAUGGUCGGUGACAUAUUUGGAAAAAGCUGGGCUUCAUCAUCGCCUUCUGUGGCAAAUUCAAGUAUUGGAAUUGUAAACAAAAGCCCAAAUGUGUUCGGGGAUCUCGUGAGCUCGGCAUUAGGGCAAAAUAAGGGUACAAAUGGUAGCGUACCUUUGAAAAAUGCAAAACCAGAAUCGAAUAAGAACGUUCCGAAUCUUGGUGGUCCAUCGAUGAAGAGUAUGGGUGGAAAUGGAACUUUAAGUGGAGGGAAGGGUUCAAAGGACCCAUUUGGUAAUCUGGUGGAUUUUUCAUCAAAGCCGGGUGUUAGAAUGAAUUCAGCAAGCAAAGGGUACAAUAAUAGUAUUCUGGGAAAUGAUUCAUUCGGGGAUUUUCAGAAUGCUUUGAAAUCUUGUACAUCCUCAUUCAUGUCAAAUGUUUUUCCCACGCCUAGCAAUAGUUCGGUGGGAUCGAACAUGGGUUCUUAUUCGAAAAUGGAUGAUUUUAGGGGAUUUGCUUCUCAGAAUCAGCCAUCCGUGCAGUCUUCUGGUGUUGAUGCAUUUGAUUCGUUGUUCUCCUCAUCCUCAGCCUCAGGUGGUGUUGAUAAAAAGGGUUCUGAAGGCCUCGGCAAUGCGCAAUUUUCUGGAGGUGAUGAUUGGGGUUUUGAAUCAGAGUUUGGGGGAGGGAAUGACGCCGGUGGGACAACUGAGCUUGAAGGGCUUCCUCCUCCGCCUGCAGGGGUUACUGCAUUAUCUGCAAAGAACAAGGGAAAUGGAUAA